CCGAAGGCUGAUCCGAUGACGUCAGAGACCAAUGGCCAAUCCUUGCGCAGAGCGCCAAGUUUCUCUUUCAGUGUCAAAAACAUGGCGGAUAAAGAUACAGAAAUUGGGUUCAAGAAGGAAACAGUAGCCAAACUCUUAUCGAGUUUUUUCAAGGAGGACAAAACCAGACUAAGUGGUGAUGCCGCGCUGCUCAUGACAGAGAUGCUCAGAGUCUUUGUCCAAGAGGCUGCUGUGAGAGCACAGAAACAAGCUGAAUCUGAGGACUGUCACGAAGUAGAUAUUGAGCACUUUGAAAAGAUACUACCCCAGCUGCUGCUGGACUUCUAACACCACGAUGCCACAAGAUGGAGCCAGAGUGUUGCCUGUGUGCUCAUUCCUACAGUUCCUACACCCAAAUGUUUACUUUUACUGAUGUUUAUAUUUUCUGGAUAACUGCAAUUUCAUAAUUACUUAAAUCUGAGAUUACAUUAUGAUUCUCAUUCUGUA